UCAGUCCACUUCAUCAUGUAUCCGCGUUACGACUUUCUCUUCGUGUUCGUUUAUCAUGUUGUGACUGGCCUGUCCUUACCGGCGACUUAUGAUCAACGACAAACCGGUGAUCUGAACGUGCAGGUUCAUUUGAAGGAUGUACAAGUGUUGGCAUUAUUGGACUCAGAGAUGCUUGAUGAUUACACGGAAUACGAUUAUUUCUACGAUUAUGCCGAUUUCACGAUUAAACCGAUGAUCAAACCUAAUGUUACAACUACUACCGAACCAUCAACUUCAGAAAUUAUAGAACAACUCAAUUUUUCAAACAUUACAUCACAAAAUUUAACAUUUCCAACUAAUGAAACAAAUACAAAUUCUAAUAUAGAGAAUACAGAAAUUUUGUCUUUAGUGGAUGUUGAAAAAGCAAAUGAAACCUUAAGUAUUUCAUCAAAUAAAAUGAAUUCAACUACUAAUGAGAAUAACAUAUUAAAGAUGAAAGUUAAUGAUAAAAUUGAAAAUUUAUUCGAAGAUAUAGAAAAAAAUCGAAGAGAGCAAAAUAAUUGGGGAUUAUCCCAUAAUAUGGGAGAUUCAUCUAAAAUAUUAUCUAGGAAACGUUGUAGAUCAGGAUAUUCACCAGAUGGAAAUGGUCGUUGUCGUCGUCUUAGUAAACGAAGAUUGUCAUUAAUUCCAUUGGCAUUGAGAUUAGUACCAAAAUUUUUGGAUGACACAGCACGCAAUACAAGGAAUUUCGUGCAAAAAGAGGAUAAUCAAAUGCACUCAAACCAAACUAUGUCAUGA